AUGUUGUCUAUAGCAAGACAGUCGGCCUUGCGGGCAGUGCGAGCGCAGACCCCCUCGACGUUCCUUUCCAGUUUCACACCCUCACCAUCGUCGUCCCUCGCGCGACUGCUGUCGACGCUGGCGAUUCUCGAGCAGAAAGAUGGCAAACUCAACACCGGGUCUCUCGGCGCGGUGACAGCGGGUCAGAAGCUGGGAGGAGCGGUCCACGGAAUCGUCGCGGGCAAGAGUGCCAAAUCGAUCGCCGAGGAGGCCGCCAAGGUCAAGGGCCUGGAGAAGGUGAUUGCGGCGGAAAACGAAGCCUACGAGCGCGGGUUGCCGGAGAACUGGGCGCCUCUGGUGGUGGAGAACAUCAAAAAGGGCGGGUAUACACAUGUGAUCGCGGCGCAUUCGGCGUUCGGCAAAAGUCUGUUGCCCCGAGUUGCUGCGUUGCUCGAUGUCCAGCAGAUCUCGGACGUCAUGUCCAUUGAGAGCGAAGACACUUUCGUACGACCCAUCUACGCGGGAAACGCGAUUCUCACGGUCCAAAGCACCGAUCCGAUCAAGAUUCUGACGGUGCGGCAAACCUCGUUUGCUCCCGCCGAGACCGAGGGCGGCUCCGCGUCGGUCGAGGACGCCGUGGACCCGAGCGCCGCGUCGCCGACCGAAUGGGUCUCGGAGAACCUGACCAAGUCGGACCGGCCUGAACUUGCCUCCGCCGACAAAGUGGUUUCGGGCGGCCGAGGCCUGAAGUCGAAGGAGGAGUUCGAGCGAUUGAUUCCGCCGUUGGCCGACGCUCUGGGCGCCGCCAUUGGUGCUUCCCGCGCUGCCGUCGACAGUGGGUUCGCGGACAACAGUUUGCAGGUCGGCCAGACGGGCAAGAACGUCGCGCCGCAGCUCUAUCUGGCGGUGGGCAUCUCUGGGGCCAUCCAACAUUUGGCCGGCAUGAAGGACAGCAAAGUGAUUGCCUGUAUCAAUAAGGAUGCCGACGCGCCUAUCUUCCAGGUCGCUGAUGUUGGGCUGGUCGGAGAUCUGUUCGAAAAGGUUCCUGAGUUGACGGAGAAGCUCAAGGCACAGUAG